UGGGGGCAGGAAGGGAUUUCCCCCUUGGUUGCAUUGCAUGGACGUGUGGGUUUUGCCUGCCCGCGGUGCAGACUGACAUCUCAUAGCAGCAGGACCCCAGGGCCGGUCGGGUGCGAGGUCUGUGUUGCAUCAGGGCUGACAGCCGUCUUAUGCAGAGUUGAGAUUAUGGUUGUCCGGGCUGGUCUGGACAGGGUUGAUCCUGCUUCAGGCAGGGCUUGGACCAGACGUGACCUCUGAGGGUCACUUCCAGCCCCACUGGUCUCGGGCAGCUUUCUCCCCACCAGCCCCCGUGGCUCCAGCACACGGGACCUGGAGCCUCCUGCCCCUCCUGGUCUUUUGAGCCCUGCUGUGGAUCCGGGUUGUUCCUCGUUCCAUCCGGGGCCUGAUUUAUGGCCAGGGCACUGGAGCUUGGCAGGAGCCUGCAGGGCACUGUGCAUCACGUCCCCUCCAGAGCCAGCUCCACCCCGAGCACAGAGUUUAAAUCCAACCAGGGCGGCUGGAGGAGCUCAGACCUGGCUCCCGGCAGCACCAUGAAGCCAGCAGGCACCGUCCUCCUCCUGGGGCUCGUGGCCCUCAGGGCAGAGCUGCAGACUGCGCCCAGGGAGAAGCCCGGCGUCUGCCCCUCCUCAGCACCCGGCCUUCUGGAUCCCUGCUUCUUUCCCUGCUCCAGCGAUUACAGCUGCCCGGGGAGUCAGAAGUGCUGCCUCAUCCCCUGCGGCCAUGCCUGCCUUGACCCCCUGCCCGGGCCCCGCUAAGUGCCCGGACCACCCGGGGUGGGCAGCUUCAGCACAUGAUGCCUCACCAGGACCGGACCAGCCCAGAGACCGAGACCCUGGAGCACACCCCC